GAAAAUGAGCGCAAUUCCCCAAAUACAGCAAAUCUUGAUUGAUGGAGUUGAAGGAUCAACACUUGUGAAUGUUGAUUAUAAAAUUGAGACCUGUAAGAUCACUUACAAAGCUUUAUUGACGACAAGAGAAAGUGGAGAAAAUGAAACCAGAGAUGAAUCAAAUGAAGAAUUGAAAUGAGACACUAGCACAGAUAUUAGCUUAAAAGAUGAUCUAGUCAAGACAAAGACUUCAAAGGUCCCAAGUUCAACUGAAACAGAAAUCAACAUCAGCCUAAACUACAUUAGUGAGGACAAUCUAGCUUUCACUUUUAUUCAAGGAAGAAGUCUUUCAGAAAUGGAAAUAAAUGAUGAAGAGCACACAAACAUAUGCAGAUACUUAUCUGACCUUACGAACACUUCAGAUGGCAUGAGUUAUACCAUAGUACCUGAUGGUCAGAAACUAAGCUCUCAUAAUUUCAGUGAAACCAGUGCUAAAGAUUUUCACUAUAAAGGAAGUUCUUCGAAAGACUUCCAAAAGAGGCAUAGUACAUAUAAGCUUAAUUGCCAAUAUUUCACGACAAUGAAAAUAAAUGAAACUGGCGAGGAGCUAAGGAGUCUCAGGAGCUUUAAAAUUAUCCCUGAAUGCAUUGAAUAUCUUCUCAAAGACAAAUUUUCCCUCUUGGAUAGAGCUGUAAGAGGAAUAGAAGUCCAGUUAGACCAAGAAGAUGUAGGAGACUUUUUCUCUUCCUCCACCUUAGCUAUGCUAGCAAUUUAGAUAAUUCAUUAGACUCAAUAUUAAGUUAC